AUGUCAUCGGCUAGCCCGCAAGGAAACAAUGGUCGGACGAUCGACUGGCAAGAGCAACUUAAGGAGCAUUGCAGGUCUGCAAAACUUCCACCCCCGGUCUACUCGCUCUUUUCCGAUCGUCGAGGAGGUCGGACGGCGUGGUCCAGCAUUGUUACGAUCCAUAAGCAAGAAUUCGCUGCACGAUUUUGGUACGAUGGCCAGUUCAUGGAAAACGCCAAACAUGACGCUGCGGAAGUAGCUCUGGGACGUCUAAAACCCAAACAACAGCCAGCACAACCUAGCCUCAACGGUCUUCCGGGACAGGUGUGGUCGUAG